AGCACAUGCUGAUUACAAGCGAAGGAAAUAGUCUUUAAAAUAGGGAGAUUGUUAACAGCCAGACACCCUCAUCGUCCAAUCUUGCAGCCGAAGAUGGAGCAACCAAAGCCAUCGCUCCAGAUUUUGGAGCUCUGCAAAAUUUGUCCAUCUCCAUCUCCUUCUCCAUCAGCUGAAUUUUCUCUUCCCUUAACCUUCUUCGAUCUGCCCUUCAUCACAAUACCUCCCACUGAGCGCCUACUUUUUUACUCCCUCCCCGCCGCCGCCGAUGCCCCAUCUCACACCUCCGAUUCAAUACUCCAAAAACUCAAAAACUCUCUCUCUCUCACGCUCUCCCACUUCUUCCCUCUCGCCGGAAACGUCGUCUUGCCGGAGGAUUCCCCCGAGCCCUUCAUUCUUUACAAACCCGGCGACUCUGUUUCCCUCACCGUCGCCCAAGCCGACGCCGCUGAUUUCCACCAUCUCUCGUCGGACGAAAUCAGGAAAGCCAACGAAUCGCAUUUCCUCGUUCCCCAAUUCGAAACGUCCGACACUACUUGCGUCGCUCCGAUUUUGUCUCUCCAAAUCACAUUAUUUCCCGGCGUCGGAUUUUGUAUUGGCAUAGCAACCAACCAUAUGGCCGUGGAUGGGAAGACGUCCACCACGUUUCUGAGAUCAUGGGCUUCCAUUUGUACCCACGAAUCCUCGGAAUCGCAUCUCCCUCCUUUGGAUUUCGACAGGACCGCCCUGAAGGAUCCAGAUGGGUUGCAUAAACUUUACCUCAAGUACCGCGAUAUCUUUCUUUUCCAUCUCAGAAAUUUGGGCCAAACGUUCAGACUCGCCCCAAAAAAGGCCGUCCCGGACGACGUGGCCGGCGGCACGUUUGAGCUCACGCGUGCCGACAUCGACAAUCUAAGGACGGCGGCGGGAAGCCGUCGUCGUCUGUCGACUUUUGUGCUGACAUACGCCCACGUGUCGACCUGCGUGGUGAAAGCCCAACGGAUGGACCCGAAAAGUAAGGUUGCUCUGCUGUUCCCCGUGGAUUGGCGGCCUCGUCUGGGGGGAAGUCUUGUGGGAGCCAAUUAUUUCGGGAACGGCGUUGGACCGUGUGGACUGAUUUUGGAAGCGGGGGAAUUAUUGGGGGAAAAUGGGAUGGGACUGGUUUCGAACAAGUUGAGUGAUCUAAUCGUGGCGAUGGAUGAGAAGGUGAAGAUGAAUGAAAUUGUUGAGUUCAUGGACGAUUUCUAUGUGAGGUUUUUUGGUGCUAUGCCCAUAGCUAAAACCAUGACAGUUGCAGGGUCGCCGAGGUUUGGGAUUUAUGACAUUGAUUUUGGGUGGGGAAGGUGCAGGAAAGUGGAGAUCACUUCGAUGACAACUGGUGAGACCUUUUCUAUGGGGGAGAGUAGGAAUGGAAAUGGUGGAGUGGAAGUUGGAAUUGCUCUUCCACGGGAUGAUAUGAAUCUUUUUUCUUCUCUGUUCUUUGAGCGACUGAAACUAUAAUCUAUUGAAUCCUUUUUAACCAAAUUUCUCUGUGUUUUUUUAGUUUUCUAAAUUUGGCUUACGUAUGGAAAAUGUUGUUAAAAAGCUUCUUGCUUGUUUGGCAGUGUGUCUUGGUUUAUCGUCUCACACUUCAAUGUCCAAUAUCUUUCGUUACAUUAUCUGAA